ACUCUUCUUCUUCUUCUUCUUCCUCCCUAGAUAUUCUCACCAACCAAACAACAAGCUACCUUCAUCUUCUCGCUAGAUAUUCUCUCCAACUAAAGAUGGAAGAUACAGAGACUACCAAUGGUAUGGGAAUCAUGGAUGAGGAGUUUGUUGUAGUUUCAAUGGAUGGUGUUUCAUAUACCAAUGGGUCGUGUUUUCACCCGUUUCACCCACUUUACCCGCUUCAGCCUUUUAAAAAAUAAACAAUAUUUUUUAGCACAUUGAAAAAAAAAAAAAUUGAAAUCUUUAAAUACAUCUUACACAUUGGAAAAAGAAAAAAGAAAAAAAAAAAAAGAAGACAACAUGAGUCUCAAAUUGACCUUGAGCGAUCCCCAUUUCUCCCUCUUGUGAUGAUUUUGGAUCUCAGCUGAAGUGUUUGGUUUAGUGUUUGAGUUAGAAAUGGCAGCGAGACAAAUGGAAGAGAUACAGAGGAAGCUGGCGAUGCUGAAUUACUCGAGAGCCAAUGCGCCUGCUCAGUCUCUCCUCUUCGCCGGCAUGGAACGCUAUGCUCUUCUCGAAUGGCUGUUCUUCCGCUUGUUGGGGGACAAGUCACCCUUUUCUCAACAGAGUCUUCAAGGGGACGCCAUGGAUCGUGACGAAGAGACUGCUCGCAUCCAAUAUUUGGCAGAGAUUGCAAAGUUUUUGGGUAUUACUACUACUGUAGACACAGAAGCUAUCCAAGGACGAGGAAGCUAUGAAGAUCGCACUGAAAUGCUUCGUCUUAUUGUAGAUCUUGUGGAAGCGAGCAUUUAUGCUGAUAAUCAAGAAUGGAGUAUCGAUGAGCAGGUAGCAAAGGACAUACAACUGAUUGAUUCCAUUGCUGAGAGACAAGCUCAAAUAUUCUCCGAGGAGUGCAAAUUAUUCCCUGCUGAUGUUCAAAUUCAGUCCAUAUAUCCAUUGCCUGAUGUUUCUGAAUUGGAAAAAAAGCUUUCAGAACAAUCAAAGAUACUCUUAAGUCUUCAACAGAAGGUUGACGAUUUGGCAUCAAAGCAUGCAUACAACCCAGAUGAGGAUUAUGCAGAGGUGGAGUCCAGAUUGCGUGCACAUUUGGAAUCUUUCCUAGAAACUGCAAGAUCAUUCAAUACGAUUUACACUAAGGAAAUACGUCCCUGGACACACAUGAUGGAGGUACCCCAGCUCCAUGGGUUUGGGCCAGCUGCCAAUCGCUUGUUAGAGGCAUACAAGAUGCUUUUAAAGUUCCUAGGGAACUUGAGAAAUCUUAGAGACUCCCACGCAGCUCUUGCGGUCGGAUCAUCUGACUCAGUUGCGGGUGAGCCCUCGUCUGUCACGAGAAUAAUCUCUGAAUGUGAAUCUGCAUUGACAUUCUUAAAUCGUGACCUUGGAAUUCUCUCGGCUUCCAUUGCUCGUGAGCAAGGUGGGCAAGUGAAUUUGUAACAAAAUUAUUAUAGUCAUUGGGAGGAAGGCCAUGAAUUCAGUCUCUUCCUCAUCUUCUGGGAAUGCAGAUGUAUGUUAUGAAAAUGUAGUUUAUUUGUGUUGCAUGAAAGCGAACUAAAUGUAAUAUCGAUUAUGAGUUCAUAUUGUCAACCAUGAUAGUCUUUUGUGCGUUGAUCUCUCACCAUGUUCAUUUGACUAAGAGUGGAAUUUAUGGAAGCAGAAAAUCAAAUGUUUGUUUUCAUUUUGAGCACGGAUUUUUCUGGUCCAAGAUUAGUGAUGGCUUGAUUAGAAUUGUUAAGCACGGGCCGGCCCAACAAUG